AUGUCUGAUGAUUGUGACAUUUUAGGACCUUUAGGAUUCGCUAUAUAAAUUUUAUUGGGCGUGUUUUCAUUCUUUAUUUUGAUUUGUAAUUAAUAAUCAAUAGAUUAGAUAAAAGAAUUGUAGAGAAACCCAAGAGAUAAUGGAAAGUAUGGGGAUUAGAUACAUCAAAAUAAGGAUGUUCAUAAAUAUUUGCUCAUUUUUUAAAUGUUGCAUUGGCUAUACAUUUAUCAGGUGAAUCUGAUGAAUGUGUUUGGUAACUAAUAUUUUACAAUUAAAAGGUAUUUAGCUACAUUAUUAUUGGAUACAACAAUUGGUGUAUUAUUUAGUUAUGUAAUCCUAAAACUAGUUGAACUAACAUUAGAGCAUUUUUAAAUGGCAGUAAAAUAACAAUCAUUUAGAAUUAUCGUUCAGGAAACUAUUUUUUGAUUC